AUGCAAGGCUUAGUAAACUCUCCGACCUUGUUCAACAUAUAUACCUGUGAUAUUAUUAACUCAUACGAGCUCAAUAAAAACAAUGACACUCAUUCUAUAGCAUACGCAGACGACACAAUUUUUUAUGUAGCAGAAGACACCCCAGACGAAAUCCAACCUAAACUGGAAAAAAUAGUAAACAAUAUCAACAAACACUAUUCAACUUGGAACCUCAGAGUAAACCCCGAAAAAUGUGUAUCCAUCUUAUGGAGGCAGCCAUCCAGGCAAAUCAGUCAAAAAAAAAGAAAACAAGCUGAAGAAUUUCUAAUUACAACUCACAAACCAAGAACUAAUGAACCAGGAAUAAUACCGACACAAAAAUCCGUUAAAUACCUAGGAAUGCAGCUAGACUACCUAACAAGAUGCACUGAACAUGUAGAUACCCAAAUAAUUAAAGCCAGAAACACUUACAAAGCACUUUUCAGACUACUUCAUAACAAAUACAUAAGCAAUAGAGCCAGAAUUAUAUGUUAUCAGCUACUAAUUAGAUCACUACUGACAUAUGCAAUACCAAUAUGGUGGAGCCUAGGAGCAGCACAAAUGGAGAAAAUGAGACAAUUCGAAAGAUCCUGUCUCAGAGCUGCCCUAGGUUUAUACCGAAAACCAGAAACUGAUUACACAGAAAGAAUAACCGCUACCAAAGGAUACCUACAACCACAAUCAUUCAUUGAACUAGAUAAAAAGGGUAUAAUCCAAAACGAACUGAAUAUUCCUACAAUUUAUCACCGCAGUAGACACAAAGCCAACAAAACAAUAGACCUAAAUCCAAAUCAACCCAAUAGAAAAAUUUAA